GAGAAUUUUGGCGGCUACGUGAUUUGUCUGUUGUAUUGAGCUUGGGCUUGUGUAUGGGCUUCCUGUCUGGCCAUCUUAGAGACGAGGGCUGUCGCGAGAGUGAGGAAGCGAGGCUGUGACAGAGUUGGCGAGACUACGGCUGUGAGAGGGAGCGGGAGCAUCACUGUGGCACCGAUCGCGCCCGGCCGGCAUCGCCUAGCAUCCGCGCUCUCAGCGGAGUGUUUCCGGAAGCCGUCGGCACCAUGGGGGAGGAGGUGGCGCGCCGCGGCAGCGGCUCAUCCUCGGCCGGCGACGGCCACGUCAAGCUGAAGAAGGAGCUGGGCCUCCUGGAGGGCGUGGCUGUCAUCCUCGGCAUCAUCAUCGGCUCAGGCAUCUUCAUCUCGCCGAAGGGCGUGCUGGUCGAGUGCGGCUCGGUGGGCAUGUCGCUGGUGGUCUGGAGCCUGUGCGGCCUGCUCUCCAUGAUCGGCGCGCUCUGUUACGCCGAGCUCGGCACCACCAUCCCCAAGUCGGGCGGCGACUACGCCUACAUACUGGAGGCGUUCGGACCGCUGCCGGCCUUUCUCUUCCUCUGGGACGCCAACCUCAUCUUCGUCCCAACAACCAACGCCAUCAUGGGCCUGACGUUCGGAAACUACGUACUCCAGCCCUUCUUCCCUAAUUGUGACAUCAACUCCUACGCAGUCCGCCUGCUGGCCGCUGCUGCCAUCUGCAUUCUAACCUUCAUCAACUGCUACAAUGUCAAGGUGACGACGCGGCUGCAGAACCUGUUCAUGGUCACCAAGCUGCUGGCCCUGGUCCUUGUCAUCGUGGUCGGCCUGGUGGUGCUCUGCAUGGGCAACGGCCAGAGCUUCAGCAACGCGUUCGACGGCAUGUCGACGGACCCGGGCCAGAUCGCCGUCUCGUUCUAUUCGGGAAUCUUCUCCUACGCCGGCUGGAACUACUUAAACUUCAUGACGGAGGAGCUGAAGGACCCGUAUCGGAACCUGCCGCGCUCCAUCUACCUGAGUCUGCCGCUGGUCACCUGCAUCUACGUGCUUGCCAAUGUCGCCUAUCUGGUCGUGCUCUCGCCGUACGAGAUGCUGGCUUCGGACGCGAUCGCCGUGACGUUCGCGAACAAGACGCUGGGUGUGAUGGCCUGGGUCAUGCCGCUGUUCGUGGCCUUCUCGGCCUUCGGCGGACUCAGCGUGCACAUCAUGACGUCAUCGAGGCUAUGUUUCGUUGGUGCUCGGAAUGGCCAUUUUCCUGGUGCCCUGGCUCUGAUCAGCCAGAAGUACAUCACGCCCACCCCGUCGCUGGUGUUCCUCGGUCUUCUGUCGCUGGUGUACCUGUGCACCAGCGACAUUUUCGCCCUGAUUAACUACGCCAGCUUCAUCGAGUCUUCGUUCAUCCUCUGCUCGAUAUCCGGCCUGCUGUACCUCCGCUGGAAAGAGCCUGCCAGGGAGCGACCUAUCAGAGUGAACAUCGUGAUACCGAUCUUAUUCCUGAUGAUCUGCGGCUUUCUCGUGUUCAUGCCGCUCUACGUCAAACCGAUCGAGGUCGGCAUGGGCAUCCUCAUCACCUUCACGGGGGUGCCCGCCUACCUUGUCUUUGUCUACUGGAAAAACAAGCCGCAAUGGGCGCUACGUGUGAUUGACAACUUCAACCGGUUCACACAGAAGCUGUUUCUGGCUCUGAAGGAGGACUAAGUCGCUGGUGACCGCACGGCGCCGCGUCCAGCACGAGCCAUGCCUACCUGGCUCCGUCCGACGGCAGGGACUUCCCUGUCCGGACCAGCGGCCUGCUGCCCCUCGGGUCGGAGCAGUUAACCUGAGCGCCAUGCGCGGCACCAGACGCCGUGCCGCUAUGCCCCAUUGCUGUCCGAAUGUCGGGGCGUGAGCGCUCGCCGUCGGGAUAGUUUCGCGAACGCGACGCCAGGGGCGCCAGUGGUCCUGCCGCUGGGGGUUCGCCGCGAGCGGACUGGCCGGGGGCUCAAAAUUUAUCCCGCCCCACCCGACCGCGCCUUUACUCGCUGGGCGCAGCGGAGGGCAAGAUGCGGAGGGACGCCCGCCUCGCGCUCCAACGCCGCAGCGGCCUGAGUGGUGUCCUGACAGAGGAGCGUCGCCAGAGGCGGAGGAGGCGGCGGGCCCGUCCCCGUCGGCGCGAGCUGUGUCUGCGGUCCAGCGUGUGACAGGACAGUGUGGCUGAGUGUUGCGUACCUGUGAGCUCUAGCCGGGGCGCAUUGUGGGUGUUUGCGUGCGCUGGUGGGGCAUGCGUGAUGGGCACCCUUCCAAACGUGCUGACGAGGUGAACCGACUUAUGACGGGCCAGAUCAAGACUUACAAAGCGACGUGCCUGUGUCCUCUGCAUACUUUUGAGAAAUAUAUCAUGUGAGACAUGCUGA